UCUCAAUUCAAGUGAGCAACAAUUAAGAGCUGCGUUUUGAUUCAACAUAGAAAAUAGAAAAUUAUCACUUAGAAGAUGGAAUGGCUUUUUUGGAUUCCAGCUGUGGUUUCAGCUGGUUUAGUAGUGUUUCUGAUGGAAUUUCUGAAACAUAUAUGGUUGAAACCACUGCAAAGUAAAAAAUAUUUCGAAUCACAAGGGAUUCAAGGACCUCCUUAUAAGUUAUUCUAUGGAAAUGCUCCUGAUAUUGUUAGAUUGGCCUGGAAGGAAAGCUCUAAACCAUUGCCACUGUCAGAACACAAUAUAGUUCCUCGAAUUCUUCCUGCCUAUCAUCAUUGGAUGGAAAAAUAUGGUCAGGAAUUUGUUUUCUGGUUUGGGACUAAACCCAGGCUUUAUGUUACUCACCCUGAGCUUGCAAAGGAGAUACUGUGUAACAAGUUUGGACACUGUAACAAACUUCAAAAUAAGCAGCUCGGAAAACCAGGCAUUGGAAGGUUAAAUGGGGAGAAAUGGGCACAGCAUAGAAGGAUUCUUAAUCCUGCUUUUCACACUGAACUCUUGAAGGGUAUGAUUCCCUCAAUUGUACAAAGUGGUAUCACCAUGUUGACAGAGUGGAGUAAAUUGGUGUCAUCAGGUGCCAAUGAAAUUGAAGUUUUUAAAGAUUUCUGUAUACUUACAUCAGACAUAAUUUCCCGCACAGCAUUUGGAAGCAGUUAUGCAGAGGGCAAACACAUUUUUCAUUUGUUGGAUCAACAAUUACUUCUCUAUUUUGAAGUGAUGCGCACUGUUCAUAUUCCAGGCUUCAGGUUUCUUCCUACAAAAAAGAAUAGGCAACGAUGGGCAUUGGAGAAGGAAAUUAGAAGAUGUAUUAUGCAGGUGAUUGAAAGCAAAGAGAGGACUGCUAUUGAGAAUUCAGAGGACUAUGGCACUGAUCUGCUUGGUCUGAUGAUGAUUUCCAAUAAGAAAGAGGGAAGAGGAAAGGCUCAGAGAAACAUAAGCAUGACUUCAGAUGAAAUAAUUACUGACUGCCAGACUUUCUAUGUAGCUGGUCAGGAAACUACAGCAAUCCUCUUGACCUGGACUAUGGUAUUGCUGGGAAUGCAUCCAGAAUGGCAAGAGAGAGCACGCAAGGAGGUCCUGGAAAAAUGUGGGAAAAAUGAUUUUCCAAAAUCAGACACUGUGAAUGGCCUAAAAAUCGUGGGGAUGAUAUUUAACGAAUCCUUGAGACUUUAUCCUCCUCUAGUAACAAUGACACGACAGACAUCAAAACCAAUAAUGCUUGGAAGGCUCUCAGUUCCUGCAGGUACUCAGCUUGAGAUUCCAAUUCUUCAAAUGCACCACGAUCAAGCACUGUGGGGAAACAGUGUGAAUGAAUUCAAUCCAGAGCGGUUUGACCAGGGAAUUUCAAAAGCUGCUAAGCUUCCAAUCGCAUUCAUGCCAUUCUCAUUAGGCCCAAGAACCUGCAUUGGUCAAAACUUCGCACUACUGGAGGCCAAAAUAAUCUUGGCCAUGAUUCUGCAACGGUUUUCCUUUGAGAUUUCGCCCAAUUACAUCCAUGCACCUGUGCAAUCACUCCUACUUAAACCCCAACACGGAGCUUGGCUCAUCUUUCAUAUGAAAUAAUUUUUAUAACAAAGUAGUCCAGUGAAGUAAUGUCUUUUCUGAGAUGAACUGCUACAAAAUUUAUACCUUGCUAAGUACAGUUCAAACAAAACAUGGUUAAAUUCAAUUUGAAUU